UAAAAAUCUUGUCAUUCAUUAACUAAGAGGUGACAGUGAAGACGAGGAGAAUUAAAGCGUUGUCAGAGGAAGAUCUUCUCUCUCAUCAUGGAGGAGAAGAGGAGACAGAGAAAGGGCAAGAUUGGAAUUACGCAUAAAAAAGGGCCGUGGCCGGUCAUCAGCAGCAGGCAGGUACCCCCAUUUAUUAUCCCGCCAUGUCCCUUCCAUCCCCAUUUCCCAACCUUUCUCUCUCCUCUCUCCUUCUUCUUCUUCUUCAUCCUCAACCAAACCCAUUUUCUAGAGAGAGAUACAAAAAACCACAGGCGAGAAACAAACGCCGGCAGAAAAGACAAACGCAAAAAAACAGAGAGGAAGAACAAAUAGAGAGUGAAGCAGCCAUGAAAGAUAGAAGAAUUUCGUCCUAGGCUCAAAUCCCCAAUCUUCCCCUUUCCCCCUCUCCUACGAUUCAAUCGCAGAGGGAAGGAAACUCUUGUCUUUUUUCGUUUAUUUUCUCCAUCAAUGGCGACCGGUUGGGUAAAAUCGCUACAAUGCAAAUCCAGAGCGUUCGAUGACGUGUUCAGCCCAGCUCCGCGAAACCUCAUCGCCAGCUCCAGCUGCCGGAAAUCCGCUCAGAGCAUCAAGGACGUCAUCGACACCGCCGCCGCCGCCAAACACCACAACCACAACCACAAGCUCUCUAAACUACCUAAAUCCCACCACCACCGGGAUUACAAGCGGCAGAGACACCAGAAGCCGGACCCGGAUCCGAGGCCCAAACUCGAUUCAAAAUCCAAUUCGUUUCCUUCCCCUGCCUCUGCCCCGCCGCCGUCCCGACCGGGGCACAGACACAGCCACUCGGAACCGGCGGCGAUCUUCCCGGCGCUGACGGAGCUGCCGGAGGGGCACCCGUCGAGGAACGUGGUGGAGAUCAUAUUCCACACGAGCUGGAGCGACAAGUCGUUCGCGGGUCGGAUCGAGAUGAUCUUCAAGGUCCAGAACGGGUCGCGGACCUCGACCCGGUUCGAGGAGUACCGGGAGCUGGUCAAGUCCCGGGCCGGGUUGUCGUCGGGUACCGGCGGCGGGACGUGGGAGGAGAACGCGAGGUGCGUGGCCGACGGGAACGAGAUGAUGAGGUUCUACUGCCUGGGCCCGGCCGGCGACGCGCGGGGAGGCGGCGCGUGGGUGUUCCCGGGAGUGAAGGGGUCGGCCAUCUGCACGUUUUCAGGGAGCGGCGGGGCCCACGAGAGCGCCGGCGGAGGGAGGGGCAGGAGGGCGAUGCUGGUCUGUCGGGUUGUGGCGGGUCGGGUUUCGAAGCGCGUCGGGUUCGAGCCGUUGCUGCCGGGGGAGGAGAAGCGGGUCGGGUUUGAGUCGGUGAGUGGGGACGACGGCGAGUUGCUGGUGUUUGAUAGCCGUGCGGUGUUACCUUGCUUUCUUAUCAUCUAUAAAUUGUAAAAAUAAAUAAAUAAAACACCAUUAAGUAGGAAAUUAUUAUUACUAUUGUUAUCAUUAUUGUCCUUUUUGCACUGUUUUUCCGUUUAUCAACACAAUUUUUUCUGUGUUGUUGUUUUCCGCUGAUUUUGUGGACUGAAUAUUUUUUUUACUUGAGAAAAUUGAGUCUAUAAAUGCUAAUUAAUCAACCUAACGUUGGUAAUUUGUUUCAUUUAUUUAACGGAUUCUUUUAAUGCAAAUUAACAACCUUUAUUUGGCUACCAUUGAUCAUUCUUUUUAACCCGGGUUAAUUGUUAGGAUUUUUCUUGUCAUAACUCUACGAUCAGUGAGCUCGAGGGUAAGAUAGAAGAGGGCCAUGCUAUUUCGCUUGUUCUAUUAAAAAUAAAUCGUUAUUGUUCAUAAUGACACUUGCUAAUAUCAUUAUUGUUCAACAAAAACUCGUCUAUGAAAAUUAUAGAAAAAACCAUUAGGUUAAUACCUUAUUUUGGCCUGAACUAUGAUCAUAUAAUCAAUUUUGGCCCGUGGUUUCAGAAAUUAACAUCCUGACCUCAAUUACGCAGCAUAUAGACUCAAUUGACCUGACACAUGGUUUGACCGUCAUUUUGGAUGGUCAACACCGUUGACUGUUAGUCAACACGCCAUGUCAUGGCCUCGUCAUCCUAAAAAUUAUUAAAAAAAUCAAAUUCAAAAUAUUUUCCUAAUUUCCAUUAUUCAUCAUUAUCAAAUUAAUCAAAAAUAAAUUUAAAAAUAUAAAAUAAAAUUUAUAUUUUAUUUUUUGGGAUAUUUGAAAAUGAUAAAUUUUUAUAAGCUAACCAAAAAUUAUCAAACUAAAUUUUAUAAAUUUAUAAAAUAUUUAUUUCAUUUUUGGGUAAUGUUAAAUAUCUAAAAUAAUUUGAUUAUUUUUUGUUAAUGUUAGAUAUAUAAAAAAUUUGAUAAUUUUUGGUUAAUUUACAAAAUUAAUCAUUUUCAAAUUACACAAAAAAAAUUUUAUUUUUAUGUUUUUAUAAAUGAUUUUUUGUUAAUUUGAAAAUGAUAAAUAAUAAAAAUUAGCAAAAUAAUUUGAAUUUGAUUUUUUUAAUAAUUUUUAGGCUGACGAGGCAAUGAUAUGCCGUGUUGACCAUCCAAAUUGACUGUCAAACCAAGUGUUAGGCCAAUUGAGUCUAUAUGCUGCAUAGUUGAGGCCAUGAUGUUAAUUUCUAAAAGCACGGGUCAAAGUUGAUUAUAUGGUCAUAGUUCAGGCCAAAAUAAGUUAUUACCCAAAACCAUUCAACUAUUACCAAGUGGAAGGUCAGAUUCAUGGCGCAAUAUGUGAAUUAGAUGAGGUAUAGUUGGUGUAAGGGCAAUAUGAUGACGGUGAAGGUUGAAUAAGGGGAGAAGAAAAUGGAAUGAUAAAGCAAUAAUGAUAGUGGUGAUAGUCACCGUUAGAUUUGCAUUCCUUCUCUUUCUUUCUUUCUUUCUUUGUUUACCCUUUCGGUGUACUGGUUGGUAAUUAUGAUAAUCUUGGAAGCACAAAAUCUUGGACAUUGGCCGGCCAUGAUGGUCUUCUACUCAUUCAUUCAAUAUAAUCCUCUUUUGACACAUCUGCAAUGAUUCAACCACGACGAUGCCAUUCACCUUCUUCUUCUUCUUCUUCUUCUUCUUCUUCUUAUAAUCUUAUGUACAUAAGGUAAUAAGGAACACCAAAUGUAAGUAUUUAAUUAGGAUGCCAGCACUAGCUAUGACAAUCGACAAGACAAUACACCUCUCCAAGUAAUAACCAACCUUUUGCAAACCGAUUAAUGAUAUAUACCCGGGAGGGGUUACGGUGCUAAUUGUACAAUAGUUAGCACCGUCCUAAUCAAGGGAAAAACUACUACUAGUUUAAAUUAGUAGUGAUUUAGCUUAGAUGUUGUAUUGAUUUUAUAACAAUCCGUAGUGAUUUCGUUAUUUUUAGUAGAGUUUUUUGCUAGUUAUCACGAUGCUAACCUUUAUAGGGGUUAGCACCUAAUCCCAUCCCUAUAUACCCACGUAUCUCCUGACACCCAAAAGUAGUAUCAAAAUAGCCACUAUAUAUAUCGGCCCUUAAAAUUUCUUAUGCUUUGCAUUUGCGUGGCUCCAUAAAUCCAUAUCUAAUGAGAGCAUUGAAAUGUUUGCAGUAUAUGUUAUGACUGAUGCCUAGUGAUGUAAGGAUAAAGAGAAACAUGAGCUUUUUGCCAGCCAUGCCUGUGGAUAGCUAGCUAGGGCUCAUAUCAUAUCAUAUGUACUAGAUAAUCCAAGCCAAGAACAGGGCAAAUGGUGUAUGCACAAAGAGGCAAAACCCCUAUUCACGAGCAACCAUCAUCUACAAAACCCCCUAUUCACGAGCACCCUAUUCACGAGCAAUACAAAACCCCCUAUUCACGAGCACCUAUUCACGAGCAACCAUCGAUGAUGGUUGCUCGUGAAUAGGGGGGUUUGCCUCUUUGUGUAUACACCAUUUGCCAUGUUCUUGGCUUGGAUUAUCUAGAGACGUUACCCUUCGAAAUUCAAGUUAGAUAAGAAAUUAGGAGAGAGUUUCUCCAAUGAGUUUGUCUUGUGUAUUAGUGAAGAGUGAAGUCUUAUUUUAUAAUUAUACGUAAGAGUAUUAAAUAUUAUGUCAUGCGUGAACCGUGAUGUAUAUUUAGUGCUAAGUCAGGUGGUAUAUGUGUUUAUUUAAACAUAUUUCCAUUUGCUAUACAUCUGGUGAAGUUGAAAUUGUCCAGGGUCGUCAUUGUCGGAGACACUGGUCUGAUGGUGCUUGUUUACGUCUGGUAGUGCACUUGAUCACUACAAGCUGGAGCGAGCAAUUGGGCUUGGUUCCAUUGAUUCCUAGGGAUACCUAGUGGUAGCCUCGUGUUUCGUUGGCGAAACUCGCGUGUUCAAUGCGCACUGUAUUCAAGUAAGCACAAACACAAAAUCAGCAAAAUCGUCAAAUAUCCGCCGCCGAAGUCGGCGCCGUUGAUUUGAUCGAUUAAAGUAGAAACCAAGACGAUCGUCAAAUAUCCGCCGCCGGUAUCGGCGUCGUUGAUUUGAUCGAUGCACCUUUGACCUCUAAUCAAACAACCGUUACUCGGUUCACUACCUCUCCAAACUACGUUCGAACGAGGGUGUUCAACGAGAAACGAGAAACCAAACCGAGAGUAUUCUAAGUUACGUUACCUCUACUCCUAUGGAGGUUCCUCUGGAGAGCUCCGCAACUACGACUACGAGCUACGAUCUACGACUCUGCAAAGGAGUUCUUUGACAGAGCGGUUCUACGAAACUAGAGAGAAAAAAGAUAAAUCUGCGUAGGUGCAGUUUGUGAUUUGAUUUUGCCGCCUUGAGUCUCUCUCUCUUCUCAAUCUUUAUACUUCGCGCUUCUCCCCUUCGUGGUAACUGCCUUGGCGCCUUUGUCUCCCACUUCUUCAUUCCUGUCAACCGUGCAGGUAACUUCCUCCUUGUUGCGUGAUAAUCACGUGCCCUCGAAACCGCUCUUGCUUUGCAGAAACUUGGCGAAACGACUUACCACCUUGUCCAUGUAACGAUGACGUUUCACUAAUACCACGACAUCGCCUUUCACCAACCGAUGCCGUUAUAUGAUCCAACUCAACUGUCCCGAACCGGUUUAACCAACGACAUUGUUAGUCCAUCAAACAACGUCGUUCUAUACUCUUGCGACGUCGUUAGGCUUGGCGGGCUGCCUUCGGCCGAACUCUUACCACUAUCGCGAUGUCGUUUUUAAUUAAACAACAUCGUUUUCUAUUUCUGCGAUGCUGUUGGACUUUGCGAUGCCGCUUUAAAUUUAACGUUGUCGUUUUAACAACUGCGGCAUCGUUUGGCCCACUCGCGACAUCGUCUUUAAAUCCGCGGUGUCGUUCCUUCUUCUUGCGGCAUCGUUUUUUCAACUAACGACACCGUGCUAAAAAGUCAUUAAAAAUAUUAAUUAACUAAUCUGGCCAUCACUAGUCCACGACCAACGACAUCAUUAGCGCCAAAACGGCUCUGUUUGUUUUUCCUUUUGCGACAUUGUUUUUUAUUAAACACUGUCGUUUGCUUGCGGUACCGUUGGGCUUCCUCGCGGUACUGUUUUUAAUUCCGCGGCAUCGUUUUAGCUCUCCGCGGCACCGUUUUAACUCCCUAACGGUGCCGCUUCUUCCAAUCCAACAAGGAAUAAAAAUAAUAAUUAAUU